AUGUCCCGACCACUUAUCUUUGACCUCUGGCCAACUGUGAUGGAUCGAAUGGAUCUUGCUAACAGAAUCCUCCUCACCCAAAAAUAUCCAGAAUUCCGUGGAACCGAUCAACGAUGCUCAGCUAAAGCCACCACCGUUGAGAUCACAACGAAUAGUGUCAAAAUCAAUAACACCAGCUUCUACGUCGAAAAAUAUGAAUCUGGAGAACACAUGGAGGUUUUCCAAGACGGCGGAAAGUCUAAGGCGGUGGUUCUUAAGACUACCGUACCCCUACGUGAAGCUAAGAAGAAGCUGUUCGGAACGAUUUUGAAGAGAAGAUCAGGAAUUUUGAAAGUAAAGAAUCUGUCGGUUCUCGGAGAUUUGAAUUUCCCGCCAAAUUUGAAACUCUGUGUUCAAAACUUGAAAGUUGCGAGACCUUACUGUGACUUUCAAGAGGACGAUAUGAUCAAGCAAAUUAGAACAUCAACGCUUUACAACGAUCUUCAGAAGGUUCUAACAGCAGACAGCUUCCCAUUGGAAUCUCUUGAAAUGGAUUACAAUUUCUCAGUGAGAUUAGAUGCUCCAGCAAAAACCGUAGUCCUCGUCGGACAGGCAUUCGGUAUCGAGGCCUCUGAUAUUCAUAGAAUCCAUGUCAAAAACUGUAAUAUGAAUUGGAUGAAUGUGAUUGAUCUGGUGGGAAGGUGGCGAAUGGUGCAGCCAGAGAUCGGAAGACAUUACUCAUUGGAAACUGGACGCGGUGAUGGGCUAUUGGAUAUUUCACAGCUGCUGAAAUGUCUCCGGGAAGAGGGAAGAAUUUUAAGUUUGCCAACGACUUGUACACAUAUGGUUUCACUUUUUCGAUCAAUCGCGAAAAAGUGCUCAACGUCUCCUUGGAAACUGGCAAAGAUGAGGAUGGAAUGGACAAAUAUGUGA